AACACAUAGUGUUGGCUACGAAUACUGAUACUGAGACAAGUUCUUAGCCAAACACAAACUCAUGUUAGCAAGUGGGCUCAAACAGACAUAAAGAAAAUACAUACAAAAAGGAAGAAACAACCAUGCCUUCAAAAACCUCACCCCUCGUCAACGUCAAAGCUCUCCUCUUUGACAUCUUUGGCACUGUCGUCGACUGGCGCUCCUCCGUCACAGACGAAAUCUCCCUUCGCACGUUUCGCAAACUCUCCUCGCAAGGCAUCUCACCCGCUCUGAAAACCCGUCUUGAAGGCCUCACGCAGCAGGACUGGGACCGCUUCAUCCAAGAAUGGCGUGACUCGUACGUUGCCUUUACACGAUCCUUCAACCCGGACACGGACGCCUGGAAGAGUGUCGACCAGCACCAUCGUGACAGCCUCGUCGAGCUUCUCGGCAAGUGGGAUCUGGAUGGUCUCUUUACUGAGACGGAGAUUGAGAGCCUGAGCCUCGUCUGGCAUCGUCUCACUCCGUGGCCCGAUUCUGUAGAUGGCAUUGCGCAAAUGGGACGCAGAUACACCACCGGCACGCUGUCCAACGGAAACACCAGCCUUAUACGCGACCUCGCCGACUUCGGCGGCCUCUCCUUCGACAACAUCUUCUGCGCCGAGACGUUCCACGUUUACAAACCCGACCCGGCAACGUACCUGGGCGCCGUGCGAGCGCUGGGCUUGCAGCCGGAGGAGGUCGCCCUGGUGGCGACACACCUCGGGGAUCUCCAUGGCGCGAGGGGCUGCGGCCUGCGGACCAUCUACGUCGAGAGGGAUAGGGAGGAGGCAUGGGGCAAGGAGGAGGCGAGAUAUGGCGAGGCGAAGACGUGGGUGGACUUGUGGGUGACGGAAGAAGAGAAGGGGCUGCUUACUAUUGCGGAGAAGUUGCGGGAACUGGAGUGAGAGCAUCUGAUGAAUGACGAAAAGCGAGUGUCUGUAUACAUGGAAACUACAGGUCUUGAUCGAUCUUGGAGCCGGAUUGAUGUUGUAGGGGUGUAGAGUCUAGAGAUCAGAGUCUCCAAUUUGCAUUAAAAGAUGACUCACUU